UAUAGAACAUUAGCAUGUGUGUGUACAUAUUUCCGUACAACCAUACGCUGCAGCCGUCAGAAAUAUACAUUUUUGUUACCUGUUAAUAACAAACAAUAAAGUAACAAAAGUUUCUUGUUACUGUAUUAACGAUACAAUGGGUAAAACUCGAAAUGGAAAGGCUGCUGCUAUAUGUACGGCAGUAGCAUUUGUUUUAAUAGUGAUUGCAUUCACCACACCCAAUUGGCUCGAAACUGACGGAAAAUUGGAAAAUCCAAAAUUUAUUAAAAUUGGUUUAUGGCAGGUAUGUUUUCAAGGAUUUGAACAUCCCCAUCAUUUGUACGACACUAAAUUUUACGGCUGUUGGUGGGUGUUUGAAGAGGAAUAUUAUAUAAUUCAUGAUAUUCUGCUACCAGACUUUUUUGUGGCAACACAGUUCUUCUUCACAUUGUGCUUGACUUUGCUGCUAAUAGGAAGUUUCUUAACAACAUUGUACACAUGUUGUUCACGACAUCAUGAUAAAUAUCAGUUACUUUUGUGGACAACUGGUGGAAAUUUAUUAUUAGGUGGUAUAUGUGGUAUCAUAGCUGUUAUCAUAUUUGGUGCACGAGGGGAUGGUAGAGAUUGGAUGCCAAAUUGGGAGCAUAAUGACAUCAGUUGGUCUUAUGCAUUAGCAGUCAUUGGUAGCUUCCUUUUGAUCAUUUCUGGAGUUCUCUUUUUAAUCGAAGGUCGCAGACAUAAGAAGAAACAAGAGAGAAUAUUAAAUGAAGAACAGAAGACACAUACAACCAUCUAAUUACAGUCUUCGAGAAUAAUACAAAUUAAUCCGAUCUAAAUUAUUUGAAAUAAUGAAAAACUGCACACAGUUCUCUUGAGUUCGAGCACAAUUUAUGUAGAAUUAUUUUGAAUAAGCUCAGUGUGCAAAUCUUUAAUGACUAUCAUAUAUUUUUUACAAUUUAUACUCAUUAUAUUGAUAAGUAUUAUUUACACUGCAUAUGAACAUCCAUGUUAACUUAUAAAUGCAGUAACACCAAUGAAAUUUUUAACAAAGCUAAGGCAACCCAGGGCUGAGAAAGAUAUUUUAUAAACCCAUAUAACGUUUAAUCCAAGUAAAUUAUGAAUAUAUUUUAGUUGUUUUUGUAGAAUAAUUACUGCUAUGAAUCCGUCCAUAGAAAUAAGGAAUUUUAUGUGACAAGACUAAGAGUCUGUAAAUAGGAAUAAUACUAGAC